GUAUUUUUUUAAAGCAAAGCAAUAAUAUUUUGGCGCCAAAUUUGAAAAAUUUACUAGUUUGUCAUGUAAGGAUGCCUAAAUAGAAAUAGUUAGGCAAUUACAUUGGCAUAAAUUCGACGAUCCUCUUCAAGGUUAAAAUCAUAGGUGGGAAAAUUGAUAGCUUAUGACGUUAGGUACUUACCUACCUAACGUCAGUAUAUUUUCGGUAAUUCGAGUAUAUGAACGUGUUUGUUCGAAUGUAUUUUAUCUUUUUGAUAAUGUAAUAAGUGAACAUUCUUUUUUCAAUUAUUAAAUGGUGUAAUAUUUCGGUACACGAGUUCGAAUUAUUUCAAAUGAUUUAUUUUCAACUUUAGUUCCUGAGUAUGCAUCAAAUGGAUGAAUAACGAAGAAGAGCCUGUGAUCCAGAUCAACGAAGAUACGAAAUCUCCGUCUGUUAGUAUUCAUUAUACUGACCCUGCAGUUCUCCAGUAUUCGAUAUCUGAUAGUUUUGUACUUGAGUUGUCUAUCAGUCCAAACGACAAAAUCGAUACUACAACUACAUCCAACGAAGCAGAUAGUUCGAUAGAUAAAGAAUUAAGUGGUUUUCGAGACCAGUUCAACGAAACUGUUUACAAUCCUGAAUUUUCUGACGGUUAUAUAAAAUACCAUCGAGCUCGAACAAUUUCGAAUUCAUCAUCUUUAUCGACUUCUUCGGAACAACUCGAUUUAAAUUCAGCCGAGAAGAAAGAACGUCGACGAGCCAAAAUAUUUUUCCCCGAACGUGAAUUGCGACCAAAGAAAUUGCCAGUAGGUUUCUAUAAAGAAACUAAAUCGAAAUUUCGUCCACGCUCGCAAAAAACGCACGAUUCUACGAGUAGUGACGUGAUACGAAUUCCAGUCGAUAUUCCACCGGAAGAUAACGAAGUAUUCGACGAGACAUAUCAACCAGCAGAAAUGUCUCAUACUCAGCAAGAAUACGAAGCCGUGAUUGCUGAAAAUGCUCGAUUGAAACAAAGACAAAAGGAGUUAGAAGAGAUUAAUCGUAAACGAUUAUCGUUGCUACCCGGUGCUGAUGAAGCAGGAACAUCACAGAAUUCGAAUAAUGUGUCUGCAGCACAAUUAAUUGAUGCUUUAGAAAUAACGAAUGAAAGAAUGUCUGAAUCUGUAGCUAUGCAAUUUGCUAUACAUAACAAACCAAAUCGAAGUUCAGCAGGAGGUCGAGAUUUUGUUCCACAACCAACUUGUAUUACAAUUCCACAACGGAAUUUUAAUUUGAACGUCAAACAAGAAGAGUUUGAGAUUGGUAUUCCUGGUUCGAGAUCAUUAUUAAUCAUUGAUGAAGUGGAAUUUUCGAGUACUGAUAAUUCAGCUAGUAAUAAAUCGAUCAAAGUGAUUUGUGAAGGAGCUCGAGUUACUCCUUGGAAAGCUUCAGAUGAUCAUAGAACUGUCGAGGAAUUUUUAAUUGAGUUCGAGAAUGAAAUCCGCCAACUUGUACGAACAAACAAGGAGUAUAAUCUAGCACUCGAUUUUUUCUUGUCACAUGCCGAAUUAUUGAAUUACAAAAAAGCCAUAAAAUUUGACGGUCCAUGGCACGAGAAUGCUAUAAAGUUAGUAAAGCAAUUCUCAACAAUCAAUAAUCAGCAACGAGAUAUCCGAAAUUUCGAGAAAGACAGGAAGAAACCUCAACAAAGCGUCGUCGACUUUUCUACAUUUUGGUUGAGAAGAAUGAGGUGGAAUACCUCAGUCACAGCAAAAUGGAUCGUACAAGUUUUGUUGACUAAAAUUGGACCAGAGUAUCGCGAAAUUUUUAAAGAAUGCACGGCCAGUGAUACUAUUGAAGAUAUUAUCGAAGAAAUUCGUGAAAUGGAAGAUGGUGGAAUAUCAAAUAAAAAAGAUAUGGACGCUUCUAUAUAUUACCAUCAAGCUGUAAAACCAUUAAUUAGUAAGAUGAAAAAAUCUGGCUCAUCGUCUUCAACUAAUGACGAUUCUCGUUCAAGUAGCUCGAAUAGAACUAGUAGUUCUAGUGAUAAUCGAUCAAAGAAAUUUAAUCCCUUUGAGAAAUUUGAUAAAGGUCAAAUUUUUAAGCGUACUGAUCGUGAUGGAAAAGCUCGAUUUAAAGCAGUUGGCAGUGUUAAUGAAAUCGAUAUGAAAGAAGAAGGAGUUUCAGUUUGUUACGUCGACGCGAAUAAAAAUAUCAAAGAUUACGAUGUCGAAAAUCCUCCAAAUUUUGACGAAGAAUUCGAAUGUAAUGAAAUUGAAAUAUCGAUCGAUGAUUUAAACUUGAAUUAG